CCGAUGUAAAAUUGAAUAAAAACAGCUAAAUCCAGUUUUAUAGAAAAUGAACAAAAUAUUUGACAUUCAUCAGAUUCGUAUUGGAUCUGAUUAAAUGUAUGUGUGAAUAAAUUCUAAAAUAAACGUUAAAAUGGCCGACAAAAGGGUGCCAGCCAGGAGGAUGAUGCCUAAAUGGUUGACUUUUGUCAUAGGAGCAGCUAGUGGCAUGAUGGCAAUUUCCGCAGUCCAGCCAGCGGACUUGUUAAAAUCUCGAAUGCAGUUAGUAGGACCAGCUGGACGAAACCUGUCAGCAUUUGCCGUAGCCAGGGACAUCGUGAGGAACGAAGGCGUCAUCGGAAACAUGGGGUUAUCCGCCGCCCUGUACCGACAGGCUACCUACAACUAUAGUACCGGGCACCUCGGCUGUUUUAACGAUAUGUACGAUAUGUAUAAAACAACACACGGUAACCUGUCAUUAUCAAAGAAGGUAGCGAUGGGUGUCGUCGCUCAGGGCGUCAGAGCAUUCAUGGGGAAUUCAACUGAAGUAGCUUUUGUCAGCAUGCCGGCUGAUUGCAAGCUGCCCCCGCAAGAGACGAGGAACUAUAUGAAUGUGAUCAGGCCCGGGAAAUGCUGCUACCGGCUUUGGGGGACGGCUCGCCGCUUCUUACAGUCUUUCUUAUGAUAUUCGGCUUCAUCACAACACGUCCAAACAAUAUAAUUUACA